AUAAACUUUCAGUCUCUUUCUAAAACUCUUUCCGCUUCCUCAUAAAUCGGUUUGUUUUUUUUCUUAAGUGUUGAGAUUAAUAGUUUUUUUAUUCUGGUUCUUGGUGUUUAUUUUUUUUAUCCUUCUAGUGAAUUUAAUUGUCUUCAUAAUGGUUGAAAGUGAAUUAACUCCAUUAACUCCUGAGGUCAUUAGUAGACAAGCAACUAUCAACAUAGGAACAAUUGGUCAUGUAGCUCAUGGUAAAUCAACGGUUGUCAAAGCAAUUUCAGGUGUUCAAACGGUUCGUUUCAAGAAUGAAUUAGAACGUAACAUUACAAUUAAAUUGGGUUAUGCAAAUGCCAAAAUUUACAAGUGUGACUUUGAAGGAUGUCCAAGACCUGGUUGUUAUCGGGCUGAAAAAAGUAGUAAGGAAGAUGAUUUUCCUUGUGAUCGACCUGGUUGUACGGGAAGGUUUAGAUUAUUGCGUCAUGUCUCUUUUGUUGAUUGUCCGGGUCACGAUAUUCUUAUGGCUACCAUGCUUAAUGGAGCGGCUGUUAUGGAUGCUGCAUUGUUGUUAAUUGCUGGAAAUGAAACCUGCCCACAGCCUCAAACAUCUGAACAUUUAGCAGCCAUUGAGAUUAUGCGUUUACGACAUAUUCUUAUCCUUCAAAAUAAGAUUGAUUUGAUCAAAGAAUCACAAGCAAAAGAACAGUAUGAGCAAAUUACCAAAUUUAUCCAAGGAACCGUUGCAGAAGGAAGUCCAAUUGUACCAAUUUCUGCUCAACUUAAAUAUAACAUUGACGUUAUAUGUGAAUAUAUAACUAAAAAAAUUCCCAUACCUAAAAGAGACUUCACAUCAUCACCUCGUCUCAUAGUUAUUAGAUCUUUUGACGUAAACAAACCUGGUUGCGACGUUGAAGACAUUAAGGGAGGAAUUGCUGGAGGAUCCCUUUUAAGAGGAGUAUUGAAAGUAGGCAUGCCAAUUGAAGUCAGACCAGGCCUUAUUUCAAAAGAUGAAACUGGAAAAUUUAUCUGUACUCCAAUCAAAUCUCAAAUAACAUCACUUUUUGCCGAUCAAAAUGAUCUCCAAUUCGCUGUACCUGGUGGUCUAAUUGGUGUUGGAACCAAAAUAGAUCCCAUGUUAACUCGAGGUGAUCGUAUGGUUGGACAAGUCUUAGGAUCGGUUGAAACACUUCCAGAUAUUUACUCAGAAUUGGAAAUAGCUUAUUAUCUACUUCGACGAUUACUUGGUGUUCGAACGGAAGGAUCUAAAAAAGCUGCCAAGGUCCAAAAACUUGAGAGAGGAGAAAAUUUAAUGCUUAAUAUUGGUUCAUUGUCUACCGGAGGAAGAGUCCAAGCAGCUAAAGCGGAUUUAGCUAAGAUUAGUUUACAAACUCCCGUUUGUGUGGAGAUUAAGGAGAAAAUUGCUCUUAGUAGAAGAGUAGAAGGACAUUGGAGAUUGAUAGGUUGGGGUGAGAUAACUGGUGGUAAAAAGAUUCCACCAACUUAUAACUGAUUAACCUAAAGAAAAUUAAAUUUAACACUAAGUGUUAAAACAAAAAGCAAAUUCUGUUCCUUAUUCAUUUUCCCAUUUGUUACCUUGGCCAAGAGACUGGAGAAAGACUAAAAUAAGAACAAUUUAAUUUAAAGAUGAUUAACUGAUGAUUUUUUUUUGUAUUUUCUUUUGUGAUCACAAAAUUAACGUUAUAACUGUUGAAACAAUCAAAGACAUAUGAACAUCGCAAUUAUCAGACAUCAGA